GGAAAGGGCAGCGGCGGGGCCGGGCCUCCGCCCUGUCGGGGAGCGGGGCGGGGUUUAACGCCGCCUGGGCGCGAAGCUGUUGACGGAAGCGGCCUCCGGCGCUGAAGCGAGGCCGCUGCUGCCUGAGCGAGACCCUGGCUCUGGCUGGGCGUUAGCAAAGGGCCAGAUAUAUGGUGAAUAAAAUGAAGCCGGCAACAGCACAUUAUUUGAUUCUGGGUUGUUUUUGUCUGGCUUUCUAUUCUGGGUGUACUUCCUAUAAAUUCCUGGAAAGUGAGCACCAUCCUCACACUUGGAAAAAGCUGUUCCUUGUUCAUCACUGGCCCGUGACUGUAUGCAAGAUGAGUGAGAAUGACUGCAAAGAUCCCCCCCAGUACUGGACAAUUCAUGGAUUAUGGCCUGAUAAAGUAGACGAAUGUAAUAGAACAUGGCACUUCAAUGUGACUGAAAUUAAGGAUCUCUUGCCAGACAUGAGACACUACUGGCCUGAUAUACUCCAUUCAUCUCCUAAUCGCACCCAGUUCUGGAAGCAUGAGUGGGAGAAACAUGGGACCUGUGCAGCCACAGUGGAGCCUCUUAAUUCUCAAAAGAAAUAUUUUGGUAGAACAUUGGAUCUCUACCAGAAACUUGACCUCAACAGUUGUCUCCUGAAAGUUGGGAUAAAGCCAAGCAGUACCUAUUACCAGCUCUCUCUGGCUUUUAAAUCUUCAGAUGACAGCCAUAAAAGAAGCCCUCACAAGUGUUUAUGGAGUAACACCAAAGGUUCAGUGCCUUCCUCCAGAAGAGAUGCAACCUUGAGAUCCCAGCCAUCCUUGUUAUCAACGGCCGAAAGGCUGCAAAGACUCAGGAAGCAACUGUGAAGAAGCAAGGAAGACCUUCUGCAUGGAGUUAUGCAGGAAUCCCUUACUGACAAUAAAGUACAGGAGUGGCAGGAGACCAAAAGGAGGGUCCGCUAGGAGAAUGCGGAUUGCCAACAACAAACCAUGGAGCAGCUCCUAAGCAUUAUAGAGCGCCAAGCAGACUUGAUGUAGGCGCUCAUAGCACUGCAUAGGGAGCAGAUCGUUGUCCCCAAACUCUUUCUCCUGCGCUCCCAUGUUACCCCAACCCACUUUCCCGGACAUCCAGUUUCUUAUCGGCAUGAGCUGCCUCCAACACCUUUAGCUUCACUGCCCAGCCCUGCAAACUAUGACCCUUACCUACUGCACUCAGCCCCCAUCACCAUAUAUUUUAGCCAGCCUGAAGUGCAGCACUUACUGCACGGCACUCCAGACAAGAAGACUGAAAAUGAUAACAGGACAUAGGCAAAUCUGUGAUUGUUCCUUUCCCCACCCUGUCCCUUUUCCUCCUCCCACACAGCACAGAUGUGUCGUGCCAUGUGUGUUUCUCCAACAGUUUUCUUUUCAAUAAAUGAAUUUUUUGGUUUUGGAAA